AACCGAUAGAGGGAUAUAUUUACCACAUACAACUUUUCUCGUACGCCGAACGAUCAGCGACUUGUAUUAUUUGGUUAAUGUGUGUAUUUGCAGUACACGGUUAGAUGCCAGCAAGGUGCGGAUCACGACCGUGGCCAAUUUUCGGCACGGGGGUUAAAUUAAUUGUCUCUGACCCUCAUUGUUGUACUGCCAAGGGACGUAAUUUUCUUACUUAGUUUGUGUUCGUAAAAUUGGUGUAUACUUAUCCCCCUGUUGGUGUUACACUUCUAAUACUUGAGUGUUAGUGUCAAAAAGCGUGCGACAAAUUAUUUAUAUAUCAACGAAAACUGUGUGAAUCUUUUAAGAUCAUUACAAAAAAGGAUAUAAAUUGACAGGCGCUUUUCUUUAUUGGAAAUUUGAAAAAAAAAGAAAAGAAAAUUUAACAAGAAUGGCGGGCCUUCCUGUCGUUCUUAUUACCGCCAAUGUCGGCAGUAUUUUUGAAGAGCCAAAAAAUAUGCUGAAAAUAUGGACGGAAGAAUUUUUAUCCACAAUAACACGACUAGAUCCAAAAUUCAUAGCUCUUCAUUGUCAAGAAGUCGGUGGAAAAAAUUAUGAACAAAGUAUGAGACAUGUAGAAGAAUUUGUUAGGUUAUUAAUGUCUUCCGAAGAAUUAAGGCUAUUUGAUAAAGUUCGUGUUUAUCUCGACGAGGAUUUUUCGUCGCCUGAACAUUUCACGGCUCUUGGAAAUUUUUAUUUUGUCCACGAUUCAUUGAAAGAUGUUUUUCUAUGGGAUUUUAAAGAUGGUGAAUUUUUGCCAGUUAAUGGAAAAGAAGUACACUCGGGAAAUAUUGAAACAGUAUCGACUAAGGAAAAAGCGAAAUUCCCACAGGAUUUCUUUCCAGAAUGCAAAUGGUCCAGAAAAGGAUUUUUACGAACAAGAUGGAGCAUCAGUGGAACUAUUUUUGACAUGAUUAAUAUACAUUUGUUUCAUGAUGCGAGUAAUUUUAUCGCCAUGGAAACUUUUCCAUCAGUUUAUAGUAAAACUCGAAGAAGAGCCCUGGAACAUACUCUAGAAAGGUUUCAUAAUGAUCAGUAUCCAAACGCACCUUACUUUGUAUUUGGUGAUUUUAAUUUUAGAACUGACACUGCUGGCGUUAUAAAGAAACUUACGGAAGAUACACAAGAAAGUAAAACGUCUGCUAAAGGCAGCAUCUCAAAAAUGCAAUUUCGAAAUAACGACGACGAUGUUGUUUUAACAUUGGGAAAAAAGGAAUUUUCUCAUUACAAACAUCAAAAUGUUUUUAUCGAAAAUGAGGGUCAGUGGCUAAGGGAAUAUGAUAAAGAAUUAAAUGAUUUUAAUGGAAGACUCUUUGAAUUCCCGAUAAAAUUCAUUCCAAGCUAUCCAUUUGAGGAGGACAUUCAAGAAGGAACAAAUUACAUGCAAACAAGAGUACCGGCCUGGUGUGAUCGAAUUUUAUUGAGUUCCACUGCCAAACAACUAGUUCAAAAUAAUCAACCAAAUGAUGUGGAAUAUGGAAUAGUAGGUCCAACAAAAUGUAUGGGGGAUCAUAAGCCAGUCUACCUGAAGGUUAAUCUCGCAUUGAACGCAGGUAUGAUAAACUGCUGCAACUUAAAAAAUAUUGCUCAAUUUUGCUUUCGAGUGCCAGACAAUUAUUUGGAUUUAGUAUCCAUGUUGCCUGAUGCUAGCCGUAUUAGUUGUGCUAAAACACCCGCCACCGAUCGCUCGUCUAAUUUUUUGCACGCAACACCUAUUAAGCAUGAUCCUUAUACACCAGAUAGUAUGGAAAGUCCAAGUCCUAAUACAAUGGCCGCUUCUGGAUAUACACCAAAUUUAUUAGAAUUAGAAUCAAUGGAAAAAUCAACAAUAAAUCAACAAUCAAAUCGUACAGUAUCGCCAGCUCUACUUAAAUCAAAAUUAGAAGAAAUUGCCAUGAAUGUGAUAAAAGAAUCAAUGGAUUCUGAACAUGAAAUUGAAUUAAUAAAUAAUUUACGAAGAAAUCGAAGUAAUAGUGACGUUUCUUGGCAAAAGAAUAGAAAAAAUUUUGAAAAUGACAGUGAUCAUGGAUUUCAUUCAUAUGACAAUAUUUCUUCUCAAUCGAGUGCCGUUUUUGAAAUUGGAAACAACAAUAAUAAUAAUAAUAAUAAUAAUAAUAAUAAUAAUAAUAAUACUAAUAAUAAUGGAAAUCGUGAAAUUCCACAAAUUAAAAUUAUUAACGCCAGUAAUAUGGUAUCAAAUGAAAGUUGUUACAUUGACAAUGUUGAAAAUAGAAAUAAAUCGACAACUAUCGAUGAUUCUUUAAAUGAAAAACAAUUAAAUGAUAAUCUUGUCUCGGAAAUUAAUAAUUUCACUAUUAAUGACGAUGAAUCUCAUAAAAAGAAGAUUAAAAUUGAUAAAUCAACGCAGACUGAUAAGCCAACGCAUAUUGAGAAUGGUAACGAUCAAAAUAAUGUACUUCCAUUAGAGGAGACGGAGGUCGUUGAACAAACGAGACGAGUAAAACGAAAACGAACAAGACAAAAGAUUUGUGAGAAUUCAGAGAGAGAAAUUGAAAUUUUAAAUACCGGUCAUGAUUCAAGUGAUCAAUCAAGAAAAUUUAAAUCGAAGAAAAAUUCAAAAAGGAUAAAUGACAAAAACAGAAGAGAGAUUUUCAUUGAGAAAGAACGAAAACGUUGUUGUGUUAUUUCGUAAAUUAAUUUUGAUAUUGAAAAGAAAAAAUUUAUUUUUGAUUCAAAUCGAUUACUAGCCAAAAUAAUCGAUUAUUUAUUAUUAAAUAAAUAUUUAUUUGUAACAAUUAUUAUUUGCAAUGAAUAAAUUGUAUUUCAAUAAAAUACAAUUUUUUUUUCAAAUAAUAAAAAAGUGAUAAAGUAAAUAUUUAUUUAAUUAAAUAAUUAUUUGAAUCAAAUAAUUUCCCUUUUCUUAAACUUGGAUUUUUUUUUUAAAACGUGGAAUUAUUUUUUAUACACAAUUUUUAAAAAAUUCUAGAAUACUUUUUUUUUAGUAGGGAUCACAGAUUAUUACCUUUUUAUCACCUAUUUUCUAAUUAAUUAACUAUUUAACCUUUUCACCUAUUUUCAAGAAAAAAAAGGUAUACUUACUGUGAUCCCAGGCUUUGAUUUCUUUCACUUAUUUUUUUUUAGUAGAUGGUCUUGGUAGUAAUAUUCUUAUUAUAUUCUAUUAUUCUACUUAAAUUAUUUAUUUCCGCUU